CUUCAACACCGCACAGCGCCAACCAAAAAAAAAAAAAAAACGCCAGUCGAUAAAACGCAGAUACGUCUCUGUUUAGCUCUAUAAAAACCUGUUUUUCCGUUACGGCAUCUCUGAAACUUUCAAAACCCUAAAAAAAAAAAAAAUCAAAAUCAAACAUAGAAAAUUUCACCCAUAAUCGGAAGCUCUACUUUCCGUUAAUUUCUUCAGUGGUCUUAGGGACUACACAUUUUUUUGUGGCUAAUAAGGAGUGGGGUUAUUGUUCGAAUGGCAUCGGUAUCCAGUCAGCCACAAUUUCGUUACACCCAACCUCCAUCAAAGGUGCUCCAUUUGCGAAACUUGCCAUGGGAGUGCACAGAGGAGGAACUGAUUGAACUUGGGAAGCCAUUUGGUAAAGUUGUGAACACAAAGUGCAAUGUUGGAGCAAACCGAAAUCAGGCUUUUAUUGAAUUUGCUGAUUUAAAUCAAGCUAUUGCUAUGAUAUCAUAUUAUGCCUCAUCCUCAGAGCCUGCUCAAGUGCGUGGAAAAACUGUCUACCUACAGUAUUCAAAUAGGCAAGAAAUAGUGAACAACAAAACUACUGCAGAUGUUGCUGGAAAUGUACUUUUGGUAACAAUAGAGGGUGCAGAUGCACGCCUUGUUAGCAUUGAUGUUUUACACCUGGUUUUUUCUGCUUUUGGAUUUGUGCAUAAGAUUACUACCUUUGAGAAGACAGCUGGAUUCCAGGCGCUGGUACAAUUUUCAGAUACAGAGACUGCCUCUUCUGCAAAGAAUGCCCUAGAUGGAAGAAGCAUUCCUAGUUAUCUUCUCCCUGAGCAUUUGGGGCCAUGUACCCUUAGGAUCACGUAUUCUGCACACACAGAUUUGAGUGUGAAAUUCCAGAGCCACCGUAGCAGGGACUACACUAAUCCUUACCUUCCUGUUGCUCCAUCAGCCAUAGAUGGAAGUGGGCAGGUAAUUAUGGGUUUGGAUGGGAAAAAGCUAGAACCAGAGAGUAACGUUCUUCUUGCAUCUAUUGAGAAUAUGCAAUACGCUGUCACCUUGGACGUUUUACACAUGGUGUUUUCUGCUUUUGGGCCUGUACAAAAGAUUGCCAUGUUUGAUAAGAAUGGGGGUGUGCAGGCUUUGAUUCAGUACCCUGAUGUUCAAACUGCUGUUGUUGCUAAGGAAGCCCUGGAAGGACACUGCAUCUACGAUGGAGGGUUUUGCAAGCUUCACAUCUCAUAUUCACGCCAUACUGAUCUCAGCAUUAAGGUCAACAAUGAUCGGAGCAGAGACUAUACAAUCCCUAACACCACCCCCAUGGUGAACUCCCAGCCCUCAAUUCUGGGGCAACAGCCGACUUCAGUGAUGGGCUCUGCUGUUCAAUACAGUGGGGCUCCUUUUACUCCAAGUCAGGAGCAGCCCGGGAUGCCUCAACAACCUUCAGCUGGGUGGGGCCCGGGUGUUCCACCAAUGCCUCAGUCCAUGCCGAUGCAAAUGCAUAAUAAUCCUUACAUGCCACCUGGGACAAUGCCACCUCAAGCUGCCCCAGGAAUGAUGCAGUCUCCUAUGCAGAGUGGCAUGCCUCAAUCAUCAAUGUUGCCCCGUUAUGGAUCUGGGCAGAUGCAAUAGCUAUAGAUGGAGGAGGCAGGUUGGUGUGAAGGAGCUGCCUUGAUUGUUCCAUCUUUUGGCUUUUGGUUUGCUUUUAUUGUCUCCCUUUCUUUGGUUGUAAUUUUCUCUCAAACCAAGGCAGAGCUCAAAAUACACACCAAAGCUAGAUUCUUUUUGUGUUUAAACUAAUAUAGACAGUCAUGUUUUAGCCUCUUUUGUUUCGCAUCUAUGAUGAUUCCCAAUUUGUUUUCAAUACCGAGUCA